UGGGAUCGUCGCACAAGGCCCUCCUCCCGGCCAAGGUGGAGGAAGUUGCCGGAGAGGCGGGAGGGGGCCCGCGCCUGUUGUUUUCCGCCAGCCGGGCGGGCUGGGCGCAGGGGCGGGGCGCCUGCCCCAGAGGCGAUCGCCCGGGCUCGGCCGCAGCAUCCUAGUUGGGGAGCCCCUUGCAGCGGGCCCGGGAGCCCCAAGAGCCCCGCACACCCAGAGCCCUGCGCUUCCCGGGCCGUAGAUCUCUGGCGCGAUGGCCGGGCUAUGCGUCCUGCUGUGCCUCGGGGCGCUUCUGGCCCGCCAGGGCUCCGCAGACCUAGGUGCUGUGGCCAUCGUCGAGGUUCAUGAGAACGUCACUCUACACUGUGGCAAUGUGACAGGACCCAGGGGCCCCGUGACCUGGUACCGGAACGACUCAGAGCCCAUUUUCCUGCUGUCCUCCAAUUCUAGCCUCCCUCCAGCCUCGCUGCGCUUCUCUCUAGAGGAUGCAGGUGCCCUGCACGUGGAGGCACUGAGCCUGGAGGAUGACGGCAACUACACCUGCCAGGAGUUUCUGAAUGAGACCCGCUGGUUCCCUGUGUGGCUGCGGGUGGCCAGCGGCCCCGAUCAGAUUGUGGUGAACAUCUCAGCCACGGGUGCCCUCCCCAAUGGCACCUUGUAUGCAGCCAAGGGCUCCCAGGUGGACUUCAGCUGCCACAGCGCCUCCCGGCCUCCGCCCGAGGUGGAGUGGUGCUUCCAGGCCCGCAUCUCGGAGGUCUUCGGAAGGAACCUGACGGCCAACAGCUUCACGCUGCUGCAGAUGUCCCAGAACCUCCAAGGCAACUACACCUGCUCGGCCACCAACGCGCUCAGCGGCAGACAGCGAAAGGUGACCACCGAGCUCCUGGUCUACUGGCCCCCUCCGUCAGCUCCUCAGUGCUCAGUGGAGGUGUCUUCAGAAUCGGCUACCCUGGAACUCACCUGUAAUUGGGAUGGGGGCUACCCUGAUCCGACCUUCCUGUGGACAGAAGAACCGGGAGGGGUGGUCGUGGGAGAUUCAAAGCUGCAGACACUGAGCCCAUCCCAGCUGUCUGAGGGCAAGAAGUUCAAAUGCGUUGGGAGCCACAUAGUGGGACCAGCGUCGGAAGCCAGCUGUGUGGUACAGAUCUCGAGCCCCUCACUUGUUUCUCAGCCUAUGAAAACUUGCUUCAUGGGGGGCAACGUGACGCUCACCUGCCAAGUGACAGGCGCCAACCCAUCUGCCAAGAUCCAGUGGCUGAGGAACCUCACACAGCCCGAGGGAGCCAUCCAGCCCAGCGAUCACUAUCACAUUACCCAGCAUGGCCAGGGCUCGUCCCUCACCAUCUACAACUGCUCCCAGGACCUGGAUGAGGGCUUCUACUUCUGCCGGGCCGAGAACCUCGUGGGGGUGAGGGCUGUAGACAUCUGGCUGAGUGUGAAAGAACCUCUGAAUGUCGGGGGCAUCGUGGCGACCGUGGUGAGCCUCCUCCUGCUGGGACUGGCUAUUGUUGCAGGGCUUAUGCUGUAUUAUAGUCCUGUGUUCUGCUGGAAAGCAGGGAGCACUUUCAGGGGGCAGGACAUGGGUGACGUCAUGGUUUUGGUGGAUUCCGAAGGGGAAGAUGAGGAGGAGGAGGAGGAGGAGGACAUUGGGGAGGAAGAGCAGGAGACAAAUGAGAGCGAGGAGUUGCCGAAAGAGACGUGCAAGCAUGGACACAUCCACAGAGUGACUGCACUGGUCAAUGGGAACUUAGACCGCAUGGGGAACGGACUCCAGGAGCUGCACGAUGACGGUGAUGAAGAGCUAAGUGACACUGUUCAGGAGGAAGACAAGCCCAUUUGAUGAAGAUAGUUCACUGUUAAUGGGUCGUGCAAGUUCAUUCCGUUUUGACUGCCCUCUCCCUGCCGCCUGGGAGCUUGCAUUGUGACUGCUGGGCUUUCCCAGCACAGGCUGUCAUCUCUCCUCCCGUCUUCUCCCACUGACUUCAUGUGAUGUGAAAGGCACUGGAAGGAGCAGCUCAUGAAGGGCAAAGCUACAGUGGUGUCUAAGGUGCCCCUUUGCUGUGACACCCAGCUCUACCCAUGUUAAUUCACUGGGACAGACACUGAUGGGGGGCUCUCACUUGGUGUCUGUGCGCCAUGCCACUAUUCAGGGUGUGCAACCAGCUUGCCCAACACAAAGGGGAACGUGGUGGUGGGGCUUUUUUUUAUUUUAAAGUCACUCUUGAGGUGAGGAGCCAGACCCUUUCCAGAGAGGAGGCAGCUGAAUUAGACAUAGGGGGUCACACAAUGAGGCUUCUUCCUUGUUGCUUCCCCAUCUAGAACAACCAUGAAACAGUACCACUUUUGAAGCUCCUGAGAACGAAGGAGGUAGUAGUAUAGUGUGUAAAGGUGUUUGGAGGAUGCUCAGUAGAGUUGCUGUUGGGGCCAGCUCUGCCCACCCCAGCUAUUCUUUUUGUCCUAGAGAGGGACACACACCGUUCCUUCUAGCCUUCUAUGUCACAGAAGUGGGAAUGUGUGUUCUCUUCCUACUUACUAGGAUGAUGCGCUGAUUGAAGACAGUAAAUUUCAAAAGAAAAUAGUGGGUGAUGAGUUUAGCUCGGGACAGCUAAGUUCUGGGGAUUUUUUUAAAAUUUCAUCUAAAUAUUCUGAAGUCAGGGAUCUUCUAAAGGUGCAAUAGGUAUGUGCUAGCCAUGAGAAAUCUGACUUGGAAUUUGCACUCUGUACUUGUGCACAUCCUGCCAGACAGGACAAGGUCUAGGGCUUUAAGGACUUUGUAACUCCGGGGCCCAGGAGUCCUGAGGAGCUGGUUAGCAGAAAUACCUGCAAGGUGCAGGAGGGGCUGGCUGCUCUGAACUGAAGCCACUGCCUGUGUGGCCAGUCUGAGCUCUGGGAAGUUCAGCUGGCUCUGAAUUUGAGUCCUUGGGAAUGGCGGUGAAGAAGUGCAGUUCUCUUGCUUCGUGGUACCUCAUGCACUGGGUUACUCCAGUCUGUCAUUUCACGAUGGGAUACUCAGGGUGCCUUCAGUCCUAGAAGCUGGCCUCUCCUUUGUGGUCUGAUGAUAGAACUUCUGAGUUUCUGUGACUCAGAGGCAACUUUAAAAGAGGAGACGCUAGCUAGAGGGGAAGUUGUAGCUGGGAACAUGGUGAAUGUUUUGCGAGAUUCCCCGGGUGCUUCCCACAGCUUCCUCUUCUGCACACACCUGGCAGUAGGAAAUAUUUGAGGGUUUUCCACCAGCAAAUGGGAGCUUCAAGGGCUUGGUGCCAAAUGCUGUUAUGAAGCCCUGACCAGUUAUCAUUGUCACUUUUAUUAUCAGCCUGUGUGCACAUUUAUAAAAUGGCAAAUCAAUUAAUAGCCAGGCACUAAAGGGCUUCAUGUUUGAAGGAUUUGUGAAAAAUUGGAGACCUCACCCCCUUCUUCCUUAACACAAUCCAUACCCAGAUCUCAAGGCAUAUGGACAAUGGGUUACAGGCUUUGUAUGGGGAAGUCCAUUUUGUGCAUUGACCUUAACAAACAAACAAACAAACAAACAAACGUAUCUGCAAGUAUCAGUUAACUCAGGAGAUCCAUUUGAACCAGGAAGAACACCCCUUCAGGGUUGCUGAAAUCACACUGAUCCCUCAACCCCAGCAGACAUGGAGAGGGCUCUGCAGCCCUGUGCUUCGGCAUUGGCUCCACUCCUCACAGUUGUAGGAGCAUGGGACUGUCAUCCUUGGUGGGUACAACUUUGUACUCUAAGUGCCAAUCAAAUCUCUCAACACAGGACUUGCCAGCUGAAAAAAAAAAAAACAAACUGCAGGUGGCUUUGUGUGGUUGAUCUUACCAUUCAAUAGGGGAAAUUUGAAAAAAAAAUCAGUUUUAAGGUCAUGAAUUUUAAAGGAUUUUGGAAUAAAGUUAUUUUUUAAACAGA